AUGCCCUACACAACAAAUUCAACACUCAUCAAGAAGCCCAAACCAUCACAACAGCCUGAAACAAAAGGCAUACAACCAAACACCAAGGAGAAGCAACAAACACUAAGUUUGAAUCCUUUGCGUGGACUGGAAGCCACAACGAACCAAGGUACGUCUACUGUAUUUAAAAACUCAAGUGAAAUAACAUUUUACAGGUGCAAGAACAAAGGACACAUAGCCAAAAGUUGUCCAAGCAAGAAGGAGAAGAUCAACACAUCACUUGGAGAAGAAGAUGCUAGUCGAAAUUUUGCACCACAAGCAACUAAGCAAGAGAAGAUCCAAACAGAAGUUAAUGAGCCACGUAAAGAGGUCACAACCCUCAGCUCAAAGCAGGAGGAUCUCAUCCCAGAAGCCUUGAACAAAAAGCAAGAGUUAAACACAACUCAAUCGCUUAAUUUGCAAGAAGCACCCGAGAAAGAAGAGAAUCAAGUAACAACUAAAAGAGAUUUAAUUCUUUCUGGAAAUGAUUGUUCCAAUGCAUUUUUAAUACACUUGUCUUCCAGACGUGGUGAGAAAAUUUCAGGGAACCUAGUAGAUAUCCGAGAAGAACCACCGCAAAGCAUAUUUGUAAUAUCGGAUCAAAAGAAAGACAAUGGAGAACCCAUUUCAAUCCUGCUCAAGACAAGCAACCAGCUGCCAUAG